CAUCUACUUUGCUGAAAAUGUAUUUCUGUGUAUCACAGUUCUUGAUUUGUGUGGUCCCUGUAUCAAGUCUAAUUAACCUCAGACUUUUCAAAGAAAGCUAUUUGUAGUAGAUCAACUCAGUCCAGUAUGUUAAAUUUUAAAAAGGUUCACUCCUUUCUCCAGAUAUUUGAAAGCUCUUCAAAGGUGAAUGUAGUGAGUACAUGAACUUAAACUAGUUCUUUACUAAUACAAAAAAAAAAAAUGUUUUCACCAGAAAAACUUGAUUAAUUUUCUCAUCCUGCUUGGGUAGCUCAGUUGGUUAGUGUUGUCCUAAUAUACCAGGGUUGCAGGUUCCAUUCCGGAUCAGGGCACAUACAAGAGUCAACGAAUGAUGCACAAAUAAGUAGAACAACAAAUCAAUGCGCCUCCCUCUCUCAUUUUUCUCUCUCAAAUCAAUCAAUAAGUAAAAAUUAAAAAAAAAUUUUCUCAAGUUAUUUCGUAAUAAUAUUGAGAGUUCACUGGGUGCCAAGUACAAUACUAAAUCUUUCACCUAAAUUAUCUUUUGAUUUUCAUAAUAACCCUGGGAAGUAAUUAUCACUCCUGUUUGACAGGUGAAGAAAUUUAGGGAAAUUAGGUAGCUUGCCAAGGUCACACAACUACAAAAUGGCAGAGCCUAUCUGAAACCAAAAUUUGACUUUUCACCACAGAGCUAUGUUACCUUCUACCUUAACAUUUUUAAUUCUUAAUUUAAGGCUACUAUCCUUCUGAAGAUAGUAUGUUAGCAUAUUACUUAGCUUAGCUAUCCAUCUGUUGAGAAGGAUAAAAAGCUAGGCCAAAAACCCGCAGAAAACAAAUAAUACUGAGUCAAUUGUCUGUCAAAGGAAUUUGGCACUACUACAGAUCCCAAUUGUACUUCUGGCCCCAGCUGAUAACCAGCCUUCAGCAAGUGAUUCUUCAGACUGUUACCCAGAGGUGGGACUGAAACCCAGAUUUCGAAGAGGAAUGGCAGGUUAUAGGCCCAGGGGGACAGUGGGAAUAUGCGUGAGUUACAAUAAAACAGGAAGUGGCAUUAUUAGUAGAAACAAUAUGCUAAGAAAUACUGGGUUUUAUCUGGUCUAGGUAACAUUCAUUUAGAGUAUAUUAUGUAUGUUGCCAUAGCCCCUAAGUACUGUACACGUAUAGCCUCAAAGAAUUCUAACAAGUCCCCCAAGAUAACCUCAUUUGACAGAUAAAGAAUUAAAGCAUACUAUUAUUUUUUAAUCGCAGCUACUCUAAUACAGGGCUUUUCAGAGCCAGAUAAGUAGAGCAUGGUUUGGGAACAACUAGACGCCAGCGACUGUUUACUGGUGUCACAGUGAAGGCCUCGGUGACCAUUAAUUGAACGAAUAUGCAAUAAUCUGUGAGUAAAUAGUGGAGGGGGCUUGGAAGACCUCUCUUCACCUUCGCUCCCAUAGAAAAGCAUGAAGAUUUCUAGAACUUCGACUUUGUUGAUUAACCUGUUUAGAGAAGAAUGUUUUGAAAUACAAUAAUACCACACAUUUUAAAAAAACAAUUUUUUAAAUUCUUACCCGAGGACAUUAUUUUCAUUGCUUUUAGAGAGAGAGGAAGGGAGAAAGAAAGAUUGUUGAGAGAGAGAAGCAUUAAUUGGUUGCCUCCUGAACACGCCCAGACUGGGGAUUGAAUCCAAAAGCUAGAUUGAUCAGACAGCUGAUGCAAGUUUUUUGGGCUGGGUUAUUGCUUCCUUUAGUCUUGGCCAAAUGGUAGCGUCACCUAUAUUUGGUCUGUGGUCUAAUUACAGACCAAGAAAAGAACCUCUCAUUGUCUCCACCUUCAUUUCGGUGGUAGCCAACUGCCUCUAUGCGUAUGUGCACGUCCCAGCUUCUCACAAUAAAUACUACAUGUUGGCUGCUCGUGGAUUGGUGGGAUUCGGAGCAGGAAAUGUAGCAGUUAUCAGAUCCUAUGUCGCUGGUGCUACUUCUCUUCGGGAAAGAACAAACUCCAUGGCAAACAUAAGUGCAUGCCAAGCAUUAGGUUUUAUUCUAGGUCCAGUUUUUCAGACCUGUUUUGCACUCAUUGGAGAAAAGGGCGUGACAUGGGAGACGAUAGGACUUCAGAUAAACAUGUACACAGCACCGGUUUUACUUGGUGCCUUCCUGGGAGCUUUGAAUAUUCUUCUCAUCCUUAUUAUAUUAAGAGAACAUCGUGUGGAUGACUCAGGACGACAGUGUAAGAAUAUUAAUUUUCAAGAAGCAAGUACAGAUGAAGUUCAGGUUCCCCAAGGAAAUAUUGACCAAGUCGCUGUUGUGACUACCAAUGUUCUGUUUUUCGUGAUCCUGUUUAUCUUUGCCCUUUUUGAAACCAUCCUUACUCCAUUAACGAUGGACAUGUACGCCUGGACCCGAGAACGAGCUGUGCUAUAUGAUGGGGUAAUCCUGGCUGCUCUGGGAGUGGAGGCCAUUGUUGUUUUCAUGGGGAUUAAAUUACUUUCCAAAAAGGUUGGCGAGCGUGCUAUUCUGCUGGGAGGACUCAUCAUCGUGUGGGCUGGCUUCUUUGUCUUGUUACCUUGGGGGAAUCAGCUUCCCAAAAUACAGUGGGAAGAUUUGCAUAAUAACUCAAUCCCUAACACCACAUUUGGGGAAAUCAUUAUUGCUCUUUGGAAGGCUCCAAGAGAUCACAGUGAAGAACCAACUGGCUGCCCCAUUGAACAAGCCUGGUGCCUCUACACCCCCAUGAUCCAUCUGGCCCAGUUCUUCACGUCAGCUGUGCUUAUUGGAAUUGGCUAUCCCUCCUGCAAUGUCAUGUCCUAUACGUUAUACUCAAAACUUCUGGGACCACAGCCUCAGGGUGUGUACAUGGGCUGGUUAACAGCUUCCGGCAGUGCGGCGCGGAUUCUGGGGCCUGUGUACAUCAGCCAGGUGUACACUUCCUGGGGCCCACGAUGGGCGUUCAGCCUUGUCUGUGGAAUAGUGGUGCUCGCCAUCAUGCUCCUGGGAGCGGUUUACAGAAGACUCGUUGCUUUUUCUGUAAGGCACGGAAAUAUUCAAGAGUAGCCUAGCUAACUAACGCUGGCAUGGACAGUGCUGGCUGCGUGGGACUUCCCUUCGCAAGGCCCUGCUGGACAGAGCCGUGAGUCUGCUUCCAAAGGUUGGCUUCGGGUAUUGGAUACUUCGAAUGGCAAGAACAUAGGUUGAAUAGCAGAGGGAACUCGAUGAGUAAUUGUGAAUAGGAAGAUAAAAAACAUUCUGGAUCAUAAUUUAUUUUUCUCAGAAAAGAAAUAUUCUUCAUUCGGCACCUUUUCAGUGUUCCAUGAACUCAUGAGUGAUGGCCUACAAAUGUGAAAUUGUAUUUUUAAUUCAAACUGCAGAGGCAUCAUUUAAAAUAAUGAGAAUAUCUAUGCAGUGAAACUAUAGUAGAGUUUUGAAAGAAUUACCUAUAACACAAUGAAAUUAUAGAAAUUGUUUACCUAGAUAGCUUUUAUUCAAAGAUAGCUACUUUUUAUUUAAAAAUGUAUUUUCUAUUCUGUCAAGUUUCCUUGUGAAACAAGUAUUAUUACUCUAAUUUGUCCACUUACCAUGACUGACACUCCACCUUACCUUCUUUAAGUUAUUUUUAGUACACCUUCUGUCUUAUCUCACUGAGUAACCCCUAGUUUUAGUAGAUGAGUAAGAAUGAUUCUAGUAUUUUAGCAAUAAAGAGGAUGAAGAGAUCAAGAUGGAUUUUACUGCCUUUAGUAGGGAUACUUUUUUCUUUCAAGUGCUAAUACUUUAGAAACAUAAGCCAGGUAUGUUAUUGUAUACACAUACUGAACAACAAACUGUUUAUUCCACCUCCUUAAAUUCUGGAGGAAAAUGGUCACUGCAUUUAUUUUUCCCAUCACUUAGCUGUGGCAGGGCAGACACAGCAGUUUUCGUCUGUCUGCACAGCUGUUGAGACCUGCAGAACUUCACACCUGGACGGCCCAUGGCAGCCCCAGUACAAUCAGGCUGUUACAGGGCACAGCCAAGAGGGGACCCCAAAAAGGGAUUUGGAAUGGGGUCCAGAACUCAGGGUGUCUAGGAAACAGAAAGACAUAUAAGAUAUCCUCACCCCUUCCCCCACAGGUGUGAGGUGGGGGAAGGGACACACAUGCAGGGCUGUUUUGUACAGCCACAGCCUUGCAGCUAAUCCCUGGCAUGGUCAUUUAAUAUAUCUAUAGCCUUUGGCUGGUCACUUAGAUAUGCUAAAUAGCUGUGGCCCUGCAUGGAGCCAGGGGGAUGGAAGUCACUCCCCCGAAAGGUGUAACUGUGGGGGCAGGUCCCCCAAGUUACAGCGCCUGUGUGAGAGCUCGGACAAGAUUGGUUCCAAGACAUGGGGCCAUACCUGCCCAGACUCAUGAUGGCAGCCCAGUAAACUUGGAAUAAUACAGGAAUGCUGGCAGGUGUAACGGGUUGUGGGAGGAGUUGGAAAUGGGGGUACAGAGGAAUAUUGGCGCAGGGAUUUAAACCCAGACACAGCAGCCAUUGAAGAGCGUACCGUGUGUCUUUGCUAGAGUGGCAACCCUCUCCUCCCUGCAGCUUUGCGGGGGGGGGGGGGAGUGCAGACCCCCGCAGCUUUGGUAAAGGAAAGAACCAACCAUGCGGUUUUGGCCAGAGUAGAGACCCCUGCAGCUUUGGUAGAAGAGGACCACGUGGCUUUGGGGUGCUCCCUUUGGCCAUGUGGCCUGGGAAGCAGGAGAGACUUUGCCUGGAAGAAGGGUACAAAGAACUCUUGCCAGGAGGCCAUGAGAAGGUGCCACAUGGCUUUGCAUUAGUUAGAGAUCCAGCCUGGACAGCGACACAGCUGACUGUGCCAGGAGCCUGGAUCCUGGACAUUUGCUUCUUUUCCUGAGUUACAGUACCUCAAAUUAGAGCAGGGGGAUCAGGAAGCACUGUGCAUGUCUGUGGGUAUCCGAAAAGGACUUUGAUAUUUUAGUGAAGACAUUAGGUCACUACUUUAAGUCUGUAUAGCAUUAAAUAAUUCUUUCCUUUUCACAAAUCUCUGGCAUUGAGAGAUGUCUUUUCUGUAGGGCAGCAGACAUAAUGAACCUCGGCCCCUUUAUUCUGUAACAGUUUUUGGUGCCCCUGGUGGGCCAGAUACUGCCCCCCGCCUCCUUGGACCUGUGUUCUGUAACAAGGCUAGCAGAUACAGAGUGUGCUUAAGACAGGGUCUGUGUGUGCACAUCUCUAUCACUAUGUAAGUCAGGUGCUGAUAAAAGGAACUAGUACAGAAUCGUGUGCAUGCAUAAUCAGGACUACCCAAAAAAGUAAAGCUGUUUCUAAGUAUUUUUCUAAAUGUUUUCUACUUACAUUUCCAAAUCUGAGAGUAAACACUAUGAUCUGCACUUUAUACCAAGUUUCUGUUACUGUGUUAUGUUGUGUUUUGUUUUGUUUUUGGCUGGAACAAAAACUUAUUUCUCACAGUUCUGGAGGUAGGAUGUCCAAGAUUGAGUGUUGGCAGGGUUGGUUUCUUCUGAGGCCUCUCUCGUCGGUUCGUAGAUGGGUAUAUUCUCCCUGUGUCUUCUGUUUGUCUCCAGCUUUAUUGAGAUAUGAUUGACACACAGCAUUGUGUAAGUCUAAGGUGUUCAUGUUGAUUUGCUACACUUACAGACUGUAAAAUGAUUAUCAUAGCAUUAGCAAACACCUCCAGCACAUCACACAAUUACCUUUUCCUUUUUGUGGUGAGAACAUGUAAUACCUACUCUCUCAGCAACUUUUAAGUUGUGUAAUACAGUAUUAUUAGUUGUAAUGUCCAGGCUGUUCUGAGAUCCCCAGAACUCAGUCAUUUUACCACAGGGAGCCUGUCCUCUCUGACCCGACUCUCCACACCCCCCCAUCCCCAGACCCUGGCAGCCGUUGUACGGCUCUGCCUCAACUGUUCAGCUCCUUGAGACUCCACAUACCAGUGAUAUCAUACCUGGCAUAAUGCCCCCAGGUCCACCCAUGUCCUCACAAAUGGAUCUGCUUUCUUAAUGAAAUGAUGUUCCAUUAUGUCUUAAUAUGUAUGUAUGUAGACAGGCCACACUUACACAAAGAAGUGAGGUGGUAUUUCGUGAUGGUUUUGAUUUGCAUUUCCACGAGGAUUAGUGAUACGGGGCGCACCUUUUUAACCUACCUGUUGGCCAUUUUUGUGUCUUCUUUUGGCAAAUGCUUUUUCAGGUCCUCUGCCCAUUUUCUAAUUGGGUUGUUUUGGCUGUUUUGCUACUGAGGUUUGCUGUCUCUUAAAUCCAACUUCUUCACUGUAAUAGAAGGCUGAACCUGGCAGAAAUCCUACGGUUACAUUUUAGAGAUUGUUGUCACUCCUUCCCACCUCCCGCAGCAAGACCCUGCCUCAGCUAGAUUUAGCAGGACGCUGGCCAGUUUUCUGGCUCUUUGGUCACAUCCUGGGGUCCCUUUCCCCUGAUGUCGCAGCUGUUCCUGUCUUACUUUUUUGGGGCGCUGUAGUCCACCCUUGGUGUAGGUGCUGUGCAUGGUAGAACUAUGAUAACGAUAAAAAAUGGUGACAGUGAAGAUUUAGAGAGUUCAUCUCCUAGGUAAUGUGUAAUGUACAGUUUAAUUCUGUUUUAUAGAUUAAAGGUAUUACGAUUUCCAUUUUACAGGUGAAGGAAUAGAGGCACAAAAAGCUGAAGUACUUGUCUAAGUAACAGUCUGUCUUCAGGGCCUCCACUCCCAACCACUGUUUUUCACAGCAAGGAAAACAGCCCAGUUUGCAGUAACAGGUAGUUGACUGCUGAUUACAGAGUAAAUUAAGUUACCUGGACCAGUGACUCUUGAUUAGCGUUAAGUAUUUGACAAAUACAGUUUGAUGCCCAUGACAGGCUUUUUUCUUAACUCAAUGAUUAGGCUGUUUCCAUGCAAGAAUAUGACAUAGAAAAGCUUCCCAACUUCUAAAAAUUUAUAAUAGUACAGGUAAAUUAUAAACUCACAAAAAUGACUACAAUGUUUCUAUUGAGAACACUGUCUUCUCUGGGGGAUUAUACCAGUGCAUACCUUGGCACAAAAGAUGAGCAAGUAACAUGGGGUUGACGAGACAGCAGGGAGGUAAAGCUUGAGGAAAAAGUCACCUCCUUGAGGUGUUAAGUGGGGUUGAAAAUAAACUGAAAAAAAUGAUAGGAAACCCAAAGUUAUGAAAAACUACUAAAAGUAGUAUAAGAAAAGAUGUUUGGAAAACCUAAACUUGUUAAUGUUAAGAGUGAUUAUCAUAUUUUGUAGGGAUUUAUAAUUUCACAAAACUUCUUCAUGCUACUUUCCUUUGUCUAUAUUUAAAAUGAACUCCAGUUAAAAAUCUGUAAAUAAACUCAUUUGUAUAAAACUUUUCUGUCCUGGCUGGUGUAGCUCAGUGGAUUGAGCGCGGGCCUGCGAACCAGACAAUCGCGGUUCGAUUCCCAGUCAGGGCACAUGCCAGGGUUGCAGGCAGGUUCCCUGCAGGCCAGUUCCCAGCAGGGGACGCACAAAAGGCAACCAUACAUUGAUGUUUCUCUCCCUCUCUCCUUCCCUUCCCCUCUAAAGAUAAAUAAA